AUGCGCGCCAUCGCACGUGCAGCGUCGCUCCUGCGCCGCGCCGUGGACUGCCCGCCGCAGCUCGGCGCCAUCGGCCGCGACGCCCCGCUUGUCAGCAAGAUAUUGCCAAAUGUCUACUUCAAUCGGUACUCUACUCAUUUAGCUCCAGCAAAUGAAGUGCUGAUUCCACCGGAACUUCUGUCUAGCAAGAGUGUUUGGACCCCAGACCGAGAGCUAGGGCAGUAUGAGGACCUAGUAGCUAGAGUAACAAACUUCCAUAAUGAGGACAAGGGAUUCAUGGUUUUGGAUGGUGAUGUUUUUGAUGUUCCAAUUAGGAAGGAUAUUGUUCACAGAGUAGUCAGGUGGCAACUUGCUAAAAGGCAACAGGGGACACACUCAACUAAAACUAUCAGUGAAGUGAGUGGCACAGGAAGAAAGCCUUACAAGCAAAAAGGAACUGGAAGAGCACGCCAUGGAACGCUGCGUGGUUGUCAGUUUCGAGGUGGUGCAACCAUGCAUGGCCCUAAACCACGAAGCCAUGCAUUCAAGCUGCAAAAGAAAGUACGACGCCUGGGACUUAAAAUAGCGUUGUCUGCCCGAACAGCAGAGGGGAAGCUCUGCAUCUUUGAGGACUUGGAAGUCCCUAGCCACAAGACGAAAAACAUUGUGCAGUACAUAAAGCAGAUGGACGAUACAAAGAAAGUUUUGUUGGUGGAUGGAGGCGACAUUGAUAAGAAGUUGAAGCUAUUAUCAGAAGGAGAAAAACUCCCGUGA